GACACUACAGUAUCCCAUCUAUAAAGUCACCAUAUUCUUCAGCUUUCUCUCAUCAGCUCUCAUUUGCCUUGGGUUUACUCCUGAGAAAGAGAGAAACAAGAAAGAAAAAGCUUCAACCUUUGCUUGUUGAGUGGGUGAAAGAAAAAUGGAGGGCAAAGAGGAGGAUGUUAAGCUAGGAGCAAACAAGUUCCCAGAGAGGCAACCUAUUGGGACAUCAGCCCAGACAGACAAGGACUACAAGGAGCCACCACCAGCACCAUUAUUCGAGCCUGGUGAACUCAAGUCAUGGUCUUUUUACAGAGCUGGCAUUGCAGAGUUUGUGGCCACUUUCUUGUUCCUUUACAUCACCAUCUUGACUGUCAUGGGUGUGUCUCAGUCUAAGACCAAGUGCAGUACUGUGGGUAUUCAAGGCAUUGCUUGGGCCUUUGGAGGCAUGAUCUUUGCUCUUGUCUACUGCACUGCUGGCAUUUCAGGUGGACACAUCAACCCAGCUGUGACCUUUGGGUUGUUACUAGCAAGGAAGCUGUCCCUUACGAGGGCAGUCUUCUACAUCAUCAUGCAGUGCCUUGGUGCCAUCUGUGGAGCUGGUGUAGUCAAGGGAUUCCAAGGAGACAGCCGAUAUGAGAUGUUGCGUGGUGGAGCUAACGUUGUGAACCAUGGCUACACCAAGGGUGAUGGUCUUGGUGCUGAGAUCAUUGGCACUUUUGUUCUUGUCUACACCGUCUUCUCUGCUACUGAUGCCAAGAGAAACGCCAGAGACUCUCAUGUUCCUAUUUUGGCUCCCCUUCCCAUUGGGUUUGCAGUGUUCUUGGUUCAUUUGGCCACCAUUCCCAUCACUGGAACAGGUAUUAACCCAGCCAGGAGCCUUGGAGCUGCCGUCAUAUACAACAAAGACCACGCAUGGGAUGACCAUUGGAUUUUCUGGGUUGGGCCCUUCAUUGGAGCUGCGCUUGCUGCAAUUUACCACCAGAUAAUCAUCAGGGCUAUUCCUUUCAAGGCCAGAGCCUGAAACGAUUAAUGAUCAUCUUGGGUCUCGCAUAGUUUCUUUUACAUGUUCUUCCUUUUUUGUUGUCGUCUUGCACUUUUCUACCGCGUAAUUUGCAUUGUGUUAAUGGUGUUAAUUAAUGUGUGUAAAUUAUCUAGAGUUUUGCUGUAUUGAGUUUAUUAAACUUGUUAAUGAAGGAUUCUUUUUAUCUUUCUGCUGCAA